UCUCUCUCUCUCUGUCUGUCUGUCUGUCUCUACGUGUGCAAGAUAUGUGUGCACACACGCACACAUAUCUCGCACACCUCCCACCUCCCCCGAUGGGAUCCCAGGGUGGAAGACAUCAUCAGGCGGUCCAGGAGGUUGCAGGAGCCGGCCGCGUCAUCCCUGGAUGGGCGGCGCACUGACAGGAGGACGGAGGGUGUUUUCCAGCUUUAAAAGCACCGGAGCCGGCCCCUCUGACAAACCGCGCUGCGUCAUCGACCUGGGGAGACUCUUGAAAACCUUCACUGGGCUGAAGAGAGCCAAACUCACCUCAGCCGCGGUCCCCUCAGCAGCUCCUACCUGCGCCGGUCUCCAGAUCCAUUAACACAACAUUUAUCUCCGUUCACUUGGAGCGCACAGUCCACCGCGUUGUGGUUCCAACUUGUACACAUUCGCUUUUCGCGAAUUUCUUUGCGAGCAAUGCUUUUAUUUAACGGUGUAUGAAGUGAACUAACUCUUGCAAUACUACCAUCGGCGAAGGUGUUGCUUAUUACAGUCUCUCAAUCGGAGAGGAGAAGUUGCGCAUCGCUUGUUGAAUGCAGGAUACCUUCCGCCUGAGCGUCAAUACCAAGUUCAGCUUUGGAGCAACAGUCGGUAAGGAGCGGGGACUCCGGUUUCUCACCUCUCUCACCGCCAAUAUGAAGUCUGCAGAAGAAGAUGCAUACAGCUACACACCAAAUGUCAGCCUGUCCCUUCCACUGGGCAUGGGAAACCCCUGUCUGGCCACUCAAUACCACACCUUACAGUCCAGCCCAGUCAUCUCAGUUUCUUCUUGCCACCAGACAGGCUACAGCCUUCAAAAUGAUAACCAUGCAGCAUCAGGCUAUUACCUGCCCCAUGGCCUGAGACCUAAUGGGGCUCCAGCCCUGGAAAGCCCCCGUAUUGAGAUCACUGCCUACAGCCAGUACCCAGAGGAUGAGGUAGAAGAGAGCAACAGUGAGGACCAAUUCAUCAAACGAGGUGUUAACUCCAUCGUCACGCUGACGCUGCCCAACGCAGACGGCUACCGUGAUCCCAGCUGCCUCAGCCCCGCGAGCAGCAUCUCCUCACGCAGCUGUAACUCUGAGGCGUCCUCCUAUGAGUCUGGCUUCUACAACUAUGACAACUCCCCACAAAACUCCCCGUGGCAGUCCCCUUGCGUUUCUCCCAGAGGCUCAUCCUCACUUCUGUCCUGCCCACAUGCCAGCGGCCCCACAGGCUCCCCCCAUCACUCACCCUCCACCUCCCCUCAGAUAGGAGCCAUGGCUGAGGAAGGCUGGCCGGCUCAACCUCGUGGCUCCAGGCCUAACUCCCCUUCCUGCAGCGGAGGCGGCGGAGGCGGCGGAGGCGGUGGAGGCAACGGCGGAGGUGGAGGAAUGGGGAAGAGAAAGUACAGCCUCAACGGUGCCCCUUACCGUCAGACAUCCUGCUCGCCCAACCAGUCUCCUACCCCGUCUCCACAUGGCUCACCCAGGGUCAGCGUCACAGAUGAGAACUGGCUCGCCAACACCAACCAGUACACCAACUCUGCCAUUGUGGCCGCCAUCAAUGCUCUAACCACAGACGGAGUGAUAGACAUGGGGGAGGGAAUCCCAAUCAAGACACGGAAGACAAUGCUGGACCACUCACCCUCCAUGAGCCUGAAGGUGGAGCCUGGUGGCGAGGAGCUGGGUCCUGAUGGGGAGCUCUGUCAUGAGGACUACCCCUCCCGACUGGCCCUGAAGAAGGAGAACUACUGUGGAGGGUUCCUGGAUGUGCCUCAGCAUCCAUACUCCUGGUCUAAACCCAAGCCUUACCUCAGCCCAUCUCUGCCAGCUCUUGACUGGCAGCUUCCAUCCUGCUCCGGCCCGUACAACCUACAAAUCGAGGUGCAGCCAAAGUCCCACCACAGGGCCCACUAUGAGACCGAAGGCAGCCGAGGGGCUGUGAAGGCGCUCUCUGGAGGACACCCUGUUGUACAGCUUUAUGGCUACAUGGAAAGCGAGCCCCUCACCCUGCAGCUGUUCAUAGGGACCGCAGACGACCGCCUCCUGCGACCACAUGCCUUCUACCAGGUCCACCGCAUCACCGGCAAAACCGUCUCAACCGCCAGCCAUGAAGUCAUGCAAUCCAACACCAAAAUUCUGGAGAUCCCUCUACUGCCUGAAAACAACAUGAGAGCCAUAAUUGAUUGUGCAGGGAUCCUGAAGCUGCGUAAUUCAGACAUUGAGCUCCGCAAAGGGGAAACAGACAUCGGACGUAAAAACACACGUGUGAGGUUGGUGUUCCGAGUGCACAUCAACCAGACCAACGGCAGGACAGUGUCCCUACAGACUGCCUCCAACCCCAUUGAAUGCUCCCAGCGCUCAGCACAGGAGCUUCCCUUGGUGGAGAAGCAGAGUGUGGAAAGUUACCCUGCCACGGGAGGCAAAAUGAUGCUCCUGAGUGGUCUUAACUUCCUCCCUGACUCAAAGGUGGUGUUCGUGGAGAAGGCCCAGGAUGGGCAUCACCUGUGGGAGACCGAAGCCAAAGUUGACAAGGACUCCAUCAAAUCUAAUACUCUUGUUGUGGAGAUCCCACCAUACAGAAACCAGAGAAUAUCCAGCCCAGUGCAUGUUAACUUCUACGUCUGCAACGGCAAGAGGAAGAGGAGCCAGUGCCAGCGCUUCACCUAUCUCCCUCCUAACGUGCCGAUAAUAAAGACAGAACCCAAUGAUGAAUAUGAUUCUCUGGGGACUGCAGGGCUGCCCAUGCAUUCAAAGCCCUACUACAGCCAGCCCAGGCUCACUCCCAUCAUGCCUGUAGCUGAUCCUGAUGCCUGCCUGGUUGGUGCCUACCCUCCCUGCCCACCUCGCCAUGCCACCAUUCCAUCAUCUUCUCCCAGCUCCAGCCCCACCCUGCAUGACCUAUCCCCCGUGGCAUACAGCAAGUGCCUCCCCAACAGCCCCACCCAUGCAGCGCCACCAGGGCCUGUGGUUCCCCCCAUCCAGGAGACCCCUGGCCACCCCAAUCUCGCCCACCCAGCCUCGCCAGACCAUGGCUCUUCCCUUGGGAUGCUCCAUUCUCAGGGCAGUCCCAGCCACCUCAACAGCCCAGGACCCCAUGGUUACCACCCUAUCUAUGCCAACAGCAGCCCCUCAUCCUCCCCAGUGUCCCACCCUUCGACUCCUGGUGGGACUGCAGAGAGCCCAUUCAUUCAGGCCUACAGCCCCAGUCAGGCUCAGACAGCAGCCAGCUCAGCCCAGGCCGGAGGGAGCCCACCCAGCCUGCUACGUGAGGACGCCAGCCCCCCUUCGAUGGCCAUCACAGUUAAACAGGAGCCACAGGACCUGGACCAGAUGUACUUAGAUGAUGUGGCCGCUUGCAGUGCAGAGACUUACCACGCAGUGGGUGAAUGGGUUUACUUCAGGGGAGGGAAUGAUCAUAACCACUGAACUUUAACGAGAUCAUCAGGAACGACCUCUCCAGCAUUUCAGUGCAUACUCAUGCAUAGACGUCCACAAGUCUUCAGCAGCAGCAGCAGCAGCACACACUCUCAAACAGCACCAUCAUCAAACAAAAAGAGGACAAAAACCCCCCAGAGAUCCAGACGAUGAAGAAUAGAUUUUUGACCAGGAUCUCCCAAUGGACCAUCGUUACCAUCAGCUCCUCCUCUCUCAGAGACUUGCUGCAGAUUCACAUUGACAAUCACUGGCAAGCUCCAUUUGAAUAAACAAAUGAAUGUUAUAUUAUAUUAAAAAAGGGGAAGUGACAUCAGGGGCAAAGUACAUGACUACACUUGCCUUAAUAAUUCACAGCAGAUGUUCUUUAGUGGACCAAGCAGCUCAAUGAGACUGAGUUACUCUUCUAUUGUUGACAAAUGACAAUCUUCAUUUUGAGCGUGAUCUCUAUGUUAAUGCAUGGACAAACUAAUGGGACAAUAAGUGUAAUGCUUCAUCACUUUGGUUCAUUUGUUUGUGCAGUCAGUCCGCGACAACCGAAUCGGUGCCUUACAACAGUGAUAUUGACAGCAAACAACAGCAGCAGUCACACAAAUGCAAAUGGUUCACAGUAACCCAAAGUGGAAGUUUUUAUAUGACAUUUUUGUAUCAUUUCAAUGAUUUGUUUACAGGGAAACAGAAUAAAAGGCUAGAAAAUAUGUAGGGAGUAUGUGAAUAGAUUAGAAUUGUAUUUUUCCUCCUUCCUUAUUAUCCCAUUGUUCAUUUAUACUGAAUGUUAUUGUAUGAUAUUCUUUUGUAUAAACAUGUAUUUGAAAAUA